AUGGACCGUUACCUUCGACCCGACAAGUUUGAUGUCGACCUGAACGCCCCUGACGCUUCCAAACAAUGGACCUACUGGAUACGCACUUUCAACGCCUUUCUAAAGCGAAUUCAGUCCGAUGACACAGACAAUCUGGACCUACUCAUCAAUUUUCUGGCACCCUCUGUCUAUGAAUACAUCUCAGAUUGUAAGUCAUUUGAAAACGCUAUCUCCCUGCUCGAAUCGCUGUACGUUNGUACCUACUUUCUACCUGUAAACAAGACGCUGGGCAGAACAUAG